AUCCGUGUUCUUCCGAGUUCAGAAGUAUGGUGAUUUGACUGCUUGAUAGAGAGAAAUCGAGAAAGUGAGAGAAGGCAGCAACCGGCUGAAAAGCAAUAGAAAGAAAUUUUGGCGCUGAGGAGAGCGUACUUACAAAAGCAACUGCAGUUACCUGUGUGUGUUCUUCCUGCAUCUGGCCUGACGUCACGUCUCAGCCAUCCUGCCACUACAAAUGCCCACAGCAAGUGAAGUGAGCAGUUGCCUUUCCCCAGAUGUUCAUUAUAUGGUCUGUAAACUUGGACUGGAAGAAGGAGAAAGGACAGACAUUGGGAAUAUUGUGUCACCAACUGGUAUAGUUUCCUGGGACGUCAUUACAGCAUGCAUAGAUUUCAUUCAAACAGAGGAUUGCACCAUUGACUAUGUGAAAAGUGUGAGGCUCUUGGGACCGGUGUGUGAGGCUGUCCAUCUGAAUCUACUGUCAGUGACUCCAGAUCAGUUUGAAAAUCUGUACGGGUUUUGGUUUGAGUGGACCAAUAAUAAAAAGUUAUUUCUUGAAAGUUUUUACUUGGUGACAUCCUCAGAGAUAACAAGUGUGGCUCUUGGGUUAAUGAAGCUUACGUCAUGUCUUGAACGAGCUUUGGGUGACGUGCACCUUAUGCGAAGCAAGGAGUGUCCCUUCUUGUUCAGAGACCUGCUGUUAUCUGAAGAGUUAGCACUGAUCUUUGGACAGUCUGUGAUGGCUGUCUUGUGUGUGUUUCUGGGGUCUCCCAGAAGCUUGAAUCUUCGAAACAUCCUUUGGCACGGAUUUGCUUCACCCCAAGAAAUUCCUUUAAAAUACUUCUCUAUGCUGCUGCUGUUAACAGCUGGACUUGGACAGUUACUUCAGGAGAGCAUUUACCAGACUGAAUGCACGUUGCUGCAUCGGGCCCCUUUCAUUUUUACUCAGCUGGACGAGCUGCUUGUUUUUCCAGAUCAAGAAGGUAUUCUGUCUGUGGGAGAAGAUUUGAUUAGCAAAUCAGAUUUUGUGCUGGAGAUUAUGCUACCAUUUUGGACUGCGGGGAUCACUGCUUUUAGACAAAAAAGGUAUGCAGACUGUGUGAUACUUAUACUACCACAACUAGAGGCCAGCCUAAGAUGGGUUUAUACAAAAGCAAACAACUGCCCGGACAGACUUCUGACUGCUGAGUCUUCAACGCUUUACACAACUUUUGAUCAGAUACUUGCUAAAAACACGAAUAAUGAAGAAAUAAAUCACAUUCCUCUGAUGCUUGGUGACCCAAUCAUGGAAAUACUUUGGGAUUUUUUGAACAAUCAAGAGGGUCCUCGCAUUCGGGAUCACCUCAGUCAUGGGGAGGUGGAUUUAAAUGUUUUCCCCAGAGUUAUAGCAAACCAAGUUUUGUGUUUAUCACUUGUGCUUCUCCACAAGUUCAUUGGUAAACAACACACCACCACUAAAGACAAUGAAUUAUUAGGGGAAAUCCUAAAUUCUGCCCGGUGCUAUCGCUCUAGAUUUCAUCCAAUUGGAAAACUCAGGAAACAGGUACUUGAAUGCACUAGAAAUCUACAAAUGUGGAUUAAUUUGCCUGUUCCACCUCAAGACCAAGUUCAAGACAGUACCAGGUUAGACUCAACUGUGGAAUCAAAUGCUGGAAACAUUUUGGUGAAAGCAAUUUUUUCAAGUUUGCAAUCCCAACUGCCUGUGCAAUGUAUGGAGACUGUAGUUCCUGAAGAUUAUUUCCAGAGUGGUAAUACGUGGUCUCAGGUGUUGAAAGAAAUCUGGAAUCUACACAUAUCAACGUUGUACUGCCCACGUAUUGUCAUAGAGGUGGUGUCACUGCUGAGAAAAAUAACCUCACAGUGUCAGAUUGUGUCUGAAAAAGUGAUUUCCAGUUCGGAAUCCCGUUACAGCCAGUGGAUGAAGAAAUCACUGCGCUCACGGCAGAGGCUCACGUACCUCCGCAUGUUAGACAGCAUACAGUGUAUUUCACCAGUUAUGAGAGUGAUUUUGCUGCUGGUUACAGUAGAAACUCGGAAUGCAUUUGCUUUAUGUGAAAAAGAUGACCACGAAAUUCAACAGCAUCUGAAGUUUCUUAAAGCCAUCUUACAAUACACAGAAAAUCUGGUUACAUACACUAAUCCAGAGAAGAAUAAAUGGACCGAAACCAUCAACCUAACAGAGAUGUUUUUAAUGAAAAUGAAAGCAUUUAUUUGCAAACAGUAACUGUGUUGAAUGAAAACAGUACUUUUAGUAAGUACAGUUAAAACUCAAUAAUCUGAGCAAAACAAUUUAACGAAAAUCCCUGGUCUGUAAACAUUAAACACAUUACAACUGUUACUGUCAUCUUUUUUCAGAACAUAACUAUAAUUCAGUUGAAAUUAAGUAUGACUUUUCUUUUCGUUAACAUAAGCCCUAAAUCUUUGUUUAUCUUUUCUAUGUUUUAAGUAUUCUGCUUGUAUAAUAGUUUGCAAUAAAGACUGAGAUGUGUGUGUGUGCAUAUAUAUAUAAACAAUGGAUUUGAAAUAUGACUUUUCUCUUUAAAGCAUUUCAUAUAAAAUAAUCUUUCAAAUUUGCAGAUGCUCAAAAUGUAUGCAGCUGUGCGCUUUGUCAUACACUGACAAAAUAAAUGCUAUGCUAUGUUAAUAUGCUGAUAUGAUUCUAUAUGUUUGUUCUAAUAUUCUGUUUCCUUUAGAUAAGUAGCUUUAAUAUGAUUAAUUUAUUGGAGACUUGGUUUAAGCAUAAUAAACACAUUUUUUAUGUUAAAAAAAUGUUUGGCUUAAAAAUUAAGUUCAAUAAAAUAUCUUGACAA